AUGGCACUCAGACAAACCUUGAAACAGUUCACCUCCAAAACGACCGCGUUCGCGCCUUUAUUAAGCCGAGCGAGCGGUGUGCAAAUGUACAGCACCGUCAUCGAGGGGUUGAAAUACGCGAGCUCGCACGAGUGGUACGUUCGUACAAACUCGUUCUCCCAAUCUCUGUGA